AUGAAGAAAUCUCACCGCACGAAUGUCUUGGUGACCUCCUGUUUGAAGACCCCGGUAGACCCGCAAACCAAAGUGCCGUUAGCUCAGUACGAACGGGAGCGAACACUGCCGCAUGCGGCCGCGAUCACGGACAACAGGCACUAUGAAAAAGAGAUGGAGUAUGACUCUGGAUCUGAAUUGGUGGCUGAUGACCCUCCUGCCAAAGACAGCAAUGCUCUGCUUAUCAAAGACUACCGUGUGACGGGCGAUCGCAUCGACCUCAGGGAGUUUUACUUCUCAAACCAGGAGUACUACCGUAAACUAGAACAGCUGAAAACAGCUCAUCUCCAAACAAUGGCUGAACUCGAACUAAUGUAUCGCAAAAAACUGGACCUUAAAGGAGCGACUGCUGUGGACAACACUGACCGGGCCAACCUAUCCCAACAAGGAAGUCCAGUGAUAACCGGUGGUCUGAAAAAAGCCCAGUCUGCUCUAGAGUUACGACAGGCCUCAGAUCCAUCUGAUUUGUCUGACGAAGAAGGCCAAGGAGAUCGCAACACAGAGAAAGGCCUUCUUAUCUCACCGAAAGAGCACAUCAAAAACAUGUGGCAGGACUUCAGCGUCAAUAAGCUUUCUCCACCUCACCGGCACCCCAUGUCCUCCUCAGUGCAGAGUCUACCAGAGGACUGCCAGGGCAUUAGCAAACCCAAAGUGAGGAUUAGAAGUCAGCGGGUGAAAAAACACAAGCAACAUGAGGAUUGGCAUCCGAGAGUGACAGUCCCGAAGCCUUUCCAGAUGACUGUUCGAGAGGCAGAAUGGCGCAAGAAGGGUGUAAAAUCGCGAUCUGAGAUCGAGCAAGAGAAUGCAGAUCUCCGACGGCAGCUGGAAGAGCUCAGCGAGUGCCAGAAGAAAUUUCGUGCCAGUCCCAUUCCUGCCCAUGUACGCCUCCCUUUGUAUGAAGAUCUGCAGGAGCGUAGUGAAGAACGAAGAAGACUCCAUCUAGAGUUUGAACAGCAGCGUCUACACAUCUCACAGAAACCCUUCCGCUUCUUGGAGCGCGAACGGUUGAAGAAAGAACAGAAGGACGCCAAGCUACGCGAGCAAACACUUCAGCGUAACAAAGAGGAAGAGGAGAGAAGGAAGUGCCCGUUCAAAGCCAAACCCAUCCCAAAGGCGGUGAAGGAGGCCACGUUGGGCGAGCGACAGAAAGAGGAGGAACUCUACAGGGCCAUUAAAAUGCAGAUGCGGGCAAGAGAGAUGCUUCACGCUGCAUCCAUACCUCCUAGCAUGCUUGCGCGCCAGCUCAGCGAAAAACAAACUCAAAAGAUCAUCGUUAAAGACGCAGAAGAGACACACCAGCCCAAAAUCAACGCUGAAGUGCCAGAUUUCGACGCCAGCUACAGGAGGUUUCGGAAGCAGCUAGCAAAACGUAAAGAGGUGAUGCCUGUCACAUCAUGCGAACCUUUUCAACUGCGCACGGCUAACAUCACAUCGCACAAAGAACGCAUCAUGGCGGAAAUCCAAGCAGAAAUACAGAGCCCAAAACCAUCACGCUGGCCAUUUGUGAACACGCCUGUCCUUUCGCCCAGGACGCCUUCAUCUUCUCUUUGCUCCUCGCUUUCCGGAAGCCAGGAAUGUUUGUCUGCCAAGAUUACUGAUGCUGCUAAGAAACGCCAAGAAGCUGUGAGAAAAGUUCUCGAGCACAGAAAGAAAGCAGAAGAGGAGGAGGAGAAAUGGAGGGAGAAGCAAAAACAGAGAGAGAAGAGGCUGCAGAAGCUGGUCACAAAGCGAGCCCAGGCCAACGAUCCACAUGUAACCCUGGCCCAGACAUCCCCCAACAAACUAAAAGAGUUCAGAAAACAAGAUCUCCAGAGACAGAGAGAGUAUCAGGACGAGAUGAGAGAAAUCCAGAAAAGAGUAAAGGGAAGACCUUUAUUACUGGAGCAAGUAGCACAGAUGAACGCUAAGAAAGCUGCAGAAAAGCUCUACUCUUCCACGUUGCAUGGAUGUGGUCUGAGUGAAUCCUUUAUCAGCAGUAAAGCUCCAAAGGGCUUAGAAAACAGACUGACCCCAAGCCCUGCCCACUCUGACAGCAUGACUCCACCCACAUACAGAAACAGUCUUGAAGAUGAUGAGGAUCUUCCAGACUUGCAGGAUUCUCUUCUCGAUGAUUAUCCGGAUGAUUAUGAGGAGUACGACCAUGACAUGGAGGCAGGACUCGUAGAUGGAGACGAGGAGCCGAAACACAGCGAACAUCAUGACUACGGGGAUGAGGAAAAGGAUGAUGAUGAUGAUGAUGAUGAGAUGGAAUUUGAUGAUGAUGAUGAUGACCGUCAUGAGGAUGAUGAAAUCAUCAGGAGGCACAGUCAGAGCAGCAAGGGUAGUGACAGAAGUGAUCAUAGCAACAGGAGCAGAACAGGUAGCGUUAAUUAGUUAGCUGAUAAAGACAAAUGAGAAGAUCAGAAAAGUGAUGAGAAACAGAAAUGCCCCUAGUGGAGAACACUGGUAUUUUCUUAAAUAUAUCAUCAGCUUUUUUUGGCAUAUUUUUAAGUCAUUUAUGUUCUUAAACCAAGCAAAACCUCAAUAGCAAGUUGUUAUUAAGGCAUCUUUAAUAAAGUGAAUGUCAUAAAUCUGUUAUGCCAGGUCACAUGUGAUAAUAAUAGAAGUAUUUAGAGCAUUGGACUAUAUUAAAUAAUAAAAUCCUAUAUAUAGCUAUAAUAAGGAAAAAUAAACUAGUGGUCACUAUUGAAACCAGUGAUAAUUAGCACAACCCUCAAAAGUUUAAUAUAAACAUGAUUAACAUACUUAGGUUGGAAAUGUUCUGUAUUAUCAUCCUGGAAUGCAGCAAAUCUUUAAAACAAAAGUGUAUAAUCUAAUUAUAAAUAAAUGUAAUUAAUAUAGUAUAAAUAUAACUACUUAUUUCUCUUUUUGUUUGAGGCAGAAUGUGACCUCGACGUGUUUGCAUGGCAUUCACUUCAUACACAGUAAUGAAUAUAUCA